AUGGUUUUCAAAUACUCACUCCUUGCCCUCACGGCAGCCUCUCUAAUCACUGCCUCCCAAGCCAAUUCCUGCCCGCCAUUAGGACCGACGUUACCCUCCACCAAAACACCAAGCAACUCGACGAUAGUACAAGAAACCAUCCUCAAGAUCCAAGAAGGCCUCGCCAACUUCACCUCCGUCCUGAACUACACUGCAAUUUCUAUUGGCGUCAAGUCCAUACACGAAGAUGGGCCCCUAUUCGACUGGCACUACACGCCUCCCAUCGCAGAUAAUCGCAGCGUAGCAAAGGUCGAUAUCGACACCGUAUACCGUGGAGGAAGUAUCACCAAGGUCUUCACGACCCUCACGGCUCUAAAGAACUCACAUAUCAAAGGGUCCGAUCCCGUCACCAAGUACCUACCGCAACUCAAGACCGACGCCUUGAAGAAUGAAGGCCAGCUUAGCUUCAUCCCGUGGGACAAUAUCACUAUUGAAGACUUGGCUUCCCAUGUUUCUGGACUAGGCGGUGAUAACCUCCUCCACGGCCUCAACGAGAAACCCCUCGUCUUCCGCCCACACACCACCCCCGUAUACUCCAAUAUCGGCAUCGCCCUCCUCGCCCUCGCAGUCGAAGCAGCAUCCAACCAAACCUACGAAACCAUCCUCACCGACACUAUCCUUAAGCCUCUCAGCUUGACCAAGACCUCCAUCGCCACGCCAGCAAAGGGCUCAGGCUUCAUUCCCCUCCAGGAACCAACCUGGGGCGGCGAUCUCGGCGCCUACGCCGCAGCAGGUGGCAUCUACACAAACACCCGUGACAUGCUCACCUUCGGCACCGCAAUCCUCUCUGACAAGGUCGGCAUCGAUACAGGUUCCUGGUUGAAGCCACGUGCCUUCACCUCCUCGCGCGGCUACUCCAUCGGUGCACCCUGGGAGAUCUGGACCACUUCCACUCUUCUCGACUCAAGCGUCCCCGUCAGCAUCUACACAAAGUCAGGCGACCUCGGCCUAUACACCAACGUCCUGCUACUCAUCCCGGACUACGACCUUGUCAUCUCCAUUCUCACCGCCGGUGCCGAGGCCGCAGGCACCUUCCAGUUCCCCUCCCAAGUCAUCUCCCCCGUCAUCCAAGCCCUCGUCCCAGCCCUAGAGAAGGCGAACAAGGAGCACGCGGCCGCGAACUUUGCAGGAGAGUACAUCGACAAGGAAACAAACUCGACGCUAACACUAUCCAUCGACGACGGCCCAGGCUUAUCUCUGACGAACUACACCGUCCGCGGCUUCGACGUGCUCUCUCACAUCCCCAGCUACGGCGUCGGCUCCAAGAUCCAGGCUUUCAAUGUCAGCGGCAGGGUGUACCCCACCAACAUCAGAGAGGGUGAACAGUGGUCCUGGCGCGCCGUGUACAAGAACCACGACGAGCCGGAUGUCGGUGACAAACUCGUCUACCCCGACGGCGAUUGUCAGACAUGGGGCUUGAUUGAUCGCAAGACCUACAACUACCUUGCUUUGGACGACUUCACCAUCACCACUGCCGAGGAUGGGUCGGCCAAGAGUAUUUCGCCGCGACCGUUCGGCGUCACCCUGAAAAAGGUGUAG